GCAGCCGGGCGCAGCGGGCCGCGAUGCAGCAGCAGCAGCAGGAGUCGCCCCAGGGCAGUGGCAGAGGCAGCAGCGGGCGGCGCUGAGCGGUCACCGCCGUCACUGAGGAAGAAGUCGGCCCAGACGCCACCGCGUCCCGACGCCCACGUCCCGACCCCCGUGCGGCGAUCCCUGGCGCCCCGAACCUAACGUCCGGCUCUGCCAACUUUUACGCUGCCUCGGCGGCCCGGUCCGGCUCGACGCCAAUGGUGGAGGCCAUAGUGGAGUUUGACUACCAGGCCCAGCACGACGAUGAGCUGACAAUCAGCGUGGGUGAAGUCAUCACCAACAUCAGGAAGGAGGAAGGAGGAUGGUGGGAGGGACAGAUCAAUGGCAGGAGAGGUUUGUUCCCUGACAACUUUGUAAGAGAAAUAAAAAAAGAUAUGAAGAAAGACCCUCUCUCCAACAAAGCUCCAGAAAAGCCCAUGCAUGACGUGUCCAGUGGAAACUCUUUGCUGUCUUCUGAAACAAUUUUAAGAACCAAUAAGCGAGGCGAGCGACGGAGGCGCCGAUGCCAGGUGGCAUUCAGCUACCUGCCCCAGAAUGAUGAUGAGCUUGAGCUGAAAGUCGGUGACAUCAUAGAAGUGGUAGGAGAGGUAGAGGAAGGAUGGUGGGAAGGUGUUCUCAAUGGGAAGACUGGAAUGUUUCCCUCCAACUUCAUCAAGGAGCUGUCGGGGGAGUCAGAUGAACUUGGUAUAUCCCAGGAUGAGCAGCUGUCCAAGUCAAGCUUAAGGGAAACCACAGGCUCCGAGAGCGAUGGGGGUGACUCAAGCAGUACCAAGUCCGAAGGUGCCAACGGGACAGUGGCAACUGCAGCCAUUCAACCCAAGAAAGUCAAAGGAGUUGGCUUUGGUGAUAUUUUCAAAGACAAACCAAUCAAACUAAGGCCAAGGUCAAUUGAAGUAGAAAAUGACUUCCUGCCAGUAGAAAAGACAAUUGGGAAGAAGUUACCUCCAGGAACACCAACUCCAGAUCCAUCAAAAACAGAAAUGGACAGCAGAACAAAGACCAAGGAUUACUGUAAAGUCAUCUUUCCAUAUGAGGCCCAGAAUGACGAUGAAUUGACAAUCAAAGAAGGAGAUAUUGUGACUCUCAUCAAUAAGGACUGCAUUGAUGUAGGCUGGUGGGAAGGAGAGCUCAAUGGCAGACGAGGAGUGUUCCCUGAUAAUUUCGUGAAGCUGCUUCCACCGGACUUUGACAAAGAAGGGAAUAGACCUAAGAAACCACCACCUCCAUCCGCUCCUGUCAUCAAACAAGGGGCAGGUACCACAGAAAGAAAACAUGAGAUUAAAAAGAUACCUCCUGAAAGACCAGAAACACUUCCGAACAGAACAGAAGAGAAAGAAAGACCAGAGAGAGAGCCAAAACUGGAUUUACAGAAGCCCUCCGUUCCUGCCAUCCCACCAAAAAAGCCUCGGCCACCUAAGACCAAUUCUCUCAACAGACCUGGGGCACUGCCCCCAAGAAGGCCAGAACGACCAGUGGGCCCACUGACACACUCCAGUUGUGGAAGCUGGUUGUCCAGGGAGUCAGAAGUGUUGGUUUCUUCUAAGACCACUGUCUUUCGCAUGCAGAAGGCCACCGUGGGUGACGGUCCAAAGAUUGACUUGACGGGCAGCGCACUCUCUGGCAUCUUGGAUAAGGACCUCUCAGACCGCAGCAAUGACAUUGACCUAGAAGGUUUUGACUCUGUGGUAUCAUCUACUGAGAAACUAAGUCACCCAACAACAAGCAGACCAAAAGCUACGGGGAGGCGACCUCCAUCCCAGUCACUCACAUCUUCCUCCCUUUCAAGUCCCGAUAUCUUUGACUCCCCAAGUCCCGAAGAAGAUAAAGAGGAACACAUUUCGCUUGCGCACAGAGGAAUAGACGUGUCAAAGAAGACUUCCAAGACUGUUACCAUAUCCCAAGUAUCCGACAACAAGGCAUCCCUGCCACCCAAGCCAGGGACCAUGGCAGCUGGCAGUGGUGGGCCAGCUUCUCUCUCUUCAGUGGCAUCCUCUCCCCUCUCAUCCUCUUUGGGAACAGCUGGACAUAGAGCCAAUUCCCCAUCUCUGUUCAGCAUAGAAGGAAAACCAAAGAUGGAGCCUGCAGCCAGCAGCCAGGCAGCUGUAGAGGAACUAAGGACACAAGUCCGUGAGCUGAGGAGCAUUAUUGAGACCAUGAAGGACCAGCAGAAACGAGAGAUUAAGCAGUUACUGUCAGAGUUGGAUGAAGAGAAGAAAAUCCGACUUCGGUUGCAGAUGGAAGUGAAUGACAUAAAGAAAGCUCUUCAAUCAAAAUGAAUACUUGAUAAUUGAGAUGUUGCAUUAUUCAUCCUGAGUCUAAGACUCAAAUUUUCUGCCCCAGCCAAAAUAAUCUUGUGCCAAAAGAUAAAAGGUUUGCCUCAACAUGUCCCUGUUUGAAAGAUUAGCACAAAAGUCUUGAUAGCACAACACAAAUUCCACCCAAGAGGAGAAUCUUCCCCAUGGUGUAGUCCUGGGUCUGCCAGUGGUUGUGAGUUAGAGCAAAUUGUGCUAAAGGCUUUUCUACCUUGAGAUCUCAUGUGAAAAGAAAACUCAGGCAGUUUAGUCCAUAGUGGUACUAUUUUGAUGAUAUUUUCCAUUAAUAAAAUGUAAUUUCAGAUUAUUCGUUUACAAGCUUUAUAAUUUUAUGAUUUUUUAAAUCUUGUUUGUCACAGAUGCCCCUAGUGUUUGUACUACACCUAGUCAGAAGAAGCGAGCGUCUUUUUCUUUUGCUCUAGGCAGAAAGCUGUCUCGCUUUGUGUUUCCCUUUAGGAUUCUAUUACAUAUGCAAUUUUAGGUCCAAUUCAUCCCUUCCCCUGCCAGCAGACCCCACCACCCUAACAGAAAUUUUAGCUUAUAUUUGAUGGUAUAUUUACAAAAAGAGAAAAGAGAAAAUCUGGUAUUUGCAAUGAUCUGUGCCUUCUUUCUACCACCCUCUUGAUUGGAGCUUUUGUGAUGCAGCUACCAUGAUUGAAAACAAUUAAAAUAAAGAAGUCAAAAUCGGCCUCUUAUCCUUGUCCGCUAGAGGCCACUGUCUCCACAGCUUCUCUUGCCCUAGCCAGAGGUCCUAAGAGGAGCCUGCUGAGAAGUCUGAAGUGCUCUGUGUGUGGUACCAGCUGUGACUUUUCAGUUUCUCCUACUUUUAGGUUGUUCAUGAAACUAGAAAUGUCAUGCCUGCUUGAUUUUUCAUCAUUCAUCAGCCAAGUUAAACCCCUGCUUCCUGUCCUUUGCACCUUUUGCGUGAACAGAAUAUGCAUUAUUAAAGCAAAAAUAAAUAAAAGUAAAAUGCAAAUGAAAA